UAAAAAACCGUGAGUAUCCUGCUCGUCAAAAAAGGAUUUUUAGUUGAUUUUAGCAGCAGGAACUCGGCGGCCAGCGUUGCGCGUCAAAAGCCGCGAAUUAUUCUCCCUAAGCUCGUACUAUUAAAAGACAAGCAGAACAAACAAAAAAAAAAUCAAAAUAUACAAAAAACAAAUCCAAAAUCCAAAAUGCGGUGCGGUUGAAUUAAAUAAAAAUAAAAUAGAUAACCCUUAUUGGAAACGAAUUAGUGCACAAUAAGCUAGUGCCAGAAAUUUUGAUAGUGAUUUUGAUCAAAUAAAAACCCAUAAAAAUGUCGACAAUUGUGGAACAGGCACCAAAAGCGGUGGCAACUACAACGUCGAGUGCAGCAUCAGCAGUAGCAACAUCGGCAAUAUCCUCCACAUCUGGGACACCCCCUGGAACGGCUAGUGCUACGACAUCGGCAGUGGCAGCCACUUCUGCUCCUGCGGCGUCGGAAAUUGAACAACUGCAACAGGCCCUAAUCGAAAAACAAACGCAGCUAUACGCUUUGGAAUCCGCCUGUCUGCGGGAAACUGAACGUCAGGUGGAGUUAGAGGAUAGCGUGAUAGCGUGGCAGGAUAAAUACGACCGACUGUACGAGUCGCACAAGCGUGUCCAGAAGGUUAACCAGAGUCUGGAGGACAAAAUGCUUAAGCUGGUGGACCGGAAUGCCGGGGAGCGGGCCCAGUUAACCAGCGAUGUGGCCACUUUGAGUGUCCGUCUGGCCCAGGCCAACUUUAAUAUAGCCAAGUUGCAGAGGGAAAUCGAACGCUACAAGGCUGACAUUAGCCUGGCCAUACAAUUGCUGCAGUGCAAGCCGGAUAGUUUUGUGUCCCAAAAAGUGUCAUCGCUACCCAUUGAUAUUCAAUCCAAGGUGUCGGCGUACAUGAGACUGGAAACAAACUCCCAUUCCGAUUCGGAGUGCAGUAAUAGCGGAGUGGGCGUGGCCACCACAGCUUCCUAUAAAGUGCUUCCGGCCUCCGAUUCGCCACCCCCCUCCGCUUGCCCCUUCCCGCCCACGGCCAUGGUCUAUUCGAUGAGGGGAAUCGGUAGGUACGCCGCCAAUGGGAAUGCCGCCAACAACACCCAGCAGCAGAAGUCAAACCAGGCCACAAGUAACAAUAACAUCACCAGCAACAACAAGGACUCUAUUAACAACAACAAUAAUAACAAUAACAAUACCAGCGGAAACAACAACAAAUUCAACACAACAAGCAGCAAUUGUAAUUCGAAUCAAACAACCAAUCCCGACAUGAUAUCGCCAACAAUAAUGGCCAAGUUUCUGGAAGACGAGCUGAAGGCGAACGAGGUGAAACAUUGCGAUACGUGUCAGUGUAGUAAACAGGACCUGCAGGUCCUGGCGGAUCUAACUCGUUCCUAUACGGUGGCCACCCAAACGCCGCACCAGCUACAUCUCCAGGGAUCGGGAUUGAAUGAGCCGAACUUGACCCAACUGUGUUUGCGGUGUCACAGCAAUUUGAACUCUCCAUCUCGAACGAACAGUCCAUAUCUGAUGAAGCUGGUGAAGUCCAGCGACUCGGUUAUAUCGGAAACAAAGAGCUCUGUAUCGGAUCUGAAUGAUAUGGACAAGCUGUUCACGCCGGCCAAGAAGGACGAUCUGAUGGUGAAUCCUAUUCUGGGGCAUCAUCGUCUCUGUGAGAGAACAGUGGCAGUUCCAGGACAAGGCCAGGAGUAUGCCAGUGGCAAGCUAACCACUUCAACCAUGAUGUAUCCAACCACUCAUUUGGGUGCCUAUGCCGCCGAGAAAUAUCUCCUGGAGACCAGUAAUCUUGGCCAGCUGAGGAAUGGCUAUCAGAGAAGGUUCCUGGAUGGCGGUGGAACGGCUUUGCAGCUUUUGAAUAAAUAUGAGGCGGCAGGUGUUGGUCCUGGAGGCCCAGUUCCGGAUGAAUUGGAGCAGGAUGAGGUCAGUAAGCCUCUCUUGGCUGGCAUAUCGCAGGCGAAUCUAAUGGAAGCCGAACAGGCACCCACACCCCAGCCCCAGGUGGUGGGCACUUCGAAGCUGGAAGAUGUAUGCGAACCGACGCCUUCAGUUACCAAAUCGGUGGCUCCUUCAGUUAGUGCAGCUCCGACCCAGCUCAAGUCCACCAACUCGGGAAGUGUCCAGAGCUUGUGGAGCAACAAGACCAGCAGCUGUGAGGGAGCCAAAAUGUUCGAGACCUUCAACAGGAAUCUCAUAAAAACCAUAAAGGCUGAGAACCCCAAAUACCGAGGACCUCGUCUGUGCUCCAUGCGGAUUCAGCAAAACGGCCAGAGCAACAUCCUGCUGGACAAUCUGGAAUCGGUUGAGACCUACACCCCGGUGAUCUACAAGCGACGCGAGCGACUCCUCGACGAAGAACUCAACGAUGGCAAGGACAUCAUAACCAGCAAGGAGAGCAAUGCGGCUGCCACCGUAGAAGCCUGGCAAGGACCUGCUGCACCCCAUGAGAAUGUGGCUUUGCAACCAGUACUGGAACCCCAAGUGGAAGCUCAACAGCAACUGCAACUGCAACAGCAACAACAACAGCAGCAGCAGCAACAGCAUCAGGAUGUGGAGGCGGAAAAACCCACGGCGGGAGAUCCUCCUGCAAGCACCAAUCCUGGCGUGAACUCCCCCAAGCACUCGGCCAACUCCAGUUCCAUCAGCGAUGUCAUCGACUAUCAGGAGAGUGUGCUGCUGAGGCGGCAACAGCUCAGCCGGGUGGCCGAGUGGGUGCAGCACAACACCCAGCAGCUGGAGCAGCGGAACCUGCAACAGCCACCGGCGCCCAGUGACUCCAAUUCGGGCACUGAACGGCAGUCCUCGUACUCCACUCUGGAUCGCAUGGACUCCAUAUCCAUUGAAAAGCUGUCCAUGGAUUCUGGCUACAAGACCACGCCGCAACAGCUCACCAAUGGCUAUCCCGAGAAGUCCACUGAGGACUCACUGUCCCCCAAAACGGACAUCACUAGCAAUUCUCUGCCAGAGAAUCCGGCAGGACUCGUGGCGUCCGCGCCCAUCGCAGAGCCCAAGAAGACGGAACUGUGCACCACCUACUACAGGAGGACCACACGAUCUGGUCUGCCAGUGGCCUACACCACGGUGGCAGCUACUCCCUCGGAAAUCCCAGCGGGCGGAGAGUCCUCCAUGUCGUCCGGAUCAGAGCCGCUGAUAUUGCCCGAACAGCCCACUUGUGAUAUUCUCAACUACAAAUACUAUCCGAAUGACACGGACAAGACGCGAUCCGUGCAGGCGGAGCUGCACACCACCACCCAGAACGUGGACAUUGCCCAGAUGGAGUACAAUGUGAAGCAGUUCCUGCUGAAGCAGAACGAGUGGUCCAUGAACGGAGCCGGAGCCGGAGCCGGGGCGGGAGCAGGAUCUGGACCGGGAGCAUCCCGAUUGAUGCAGCGCCGAAUCCUGGGCCCCGGCGUGGGCGAAAGGGUGCGCAUGGCCACUCCCGGAGGCGCUGUGGCCGCCACCAGCAUCAGCACCACCACAAGCACCACCCAGUCCGGCAUUCUGCCGCCCCACAGAACUGAAACGAAUUUAUAAGAAAACGGGGAAAAUGUCGGCCGGAAAACCGAGCUGGCCGAGCUGAAUGAGAUGGGAAAAUCGGCAACACAUCCAAAGAGGAAACCAAACUGUAUUCUAGUCUAGUUUUGCUACUUUUAGUUCGUAUUUCACAUAUAUAUUUAUACAUAUAUUAAUAUGGGAUAUAUAUACGUGUACGUAUGGCUAAGCAAUGCGAUUUAAGUCGGAUGAGGAAGUGGAAAUGGAAGUGCUAAGUGCAAUAGCAAUGAUACUAUACAUAUGUACACAACAAGUCUACACCUAAGCUAAUUGCUUUUGAGCUAAAAACAAAGCUGAAGAAAUUAAGAUAGUCAAAGGGAUUGAAUAAGAUUAAGGCGUUGGUUUACUUUUCUUUAAAUUCUCUAUCGAACAAAUUGCUAUAUUUUUCUUUUCUUAAACUUAAACCCUAAUGUCUUCCUUUCUUGUUAACCUACCCUUUUCUGAUUUCUUUACAAAGUCUUCCUUCCCCCAACGUCUUUUAAUUUUUUAAUUCCCCAAAACAGAAAUUGCAGCAAAAAGCAAAUCUAAGACAUAUGAUAUUACUCUUUACAAUAUAACUGAAAAUUUAUAUACAAAACCCAAGAAAAAACAAAACAAAAAUAAUAAAAUUGCAUAACUUUUUGAUGUCUGCAUGUUAAUAUAACCCACAAAAAAAGAAAUAAAAAAAUUUAACCAAAAAUCAGCUUAGGUUACCACUGAAAUAUAUAUAAAUAUUUAUUAUAUUUAUAGGCAUAUACAGAUAAUUACGCUAUAUACAUGCGAUUGAUAUUUGAUAAGCGCGUUAUAUUUUCUAGAUUCCGAUUGUGCAAUAUUUUUUAGAAACGAAAACGAAUUUUUAUUUUUAUAAAAUGCGACCAAAAACCAGGGGAGAACUUGAAGGGAUAACCCGUUUCAGUUAGUUUCUAGUUUACUAAUUUCAGUUCGAUUUUUAUUAUUAUUUUUCGUCCAGCCUAGAAGCUUCGCUAUGGCGCUAUAGCAACCCCGAAUCUGUCUAUCAAAAGAUAUAUACAAGUACUGUACCUUCUUAGAGACAAAAGAGAUUUUUGCCGGAAAAAACACUGUACUCAUUCCUGCCCAUUAGAUGACCUUCAUAUAUAUAGAAACUGUAAUCCUCUGCUAACUGCUAAAUCGAAGAUAUAUAAGCCACGCACACCACACACACACUCUCAUUAUAAACGUAUCUGAACAGACAUAUGAUUGUAAUACCCCCCAUAUAUAUUUACAAAUAUUAUACAUAAAAACAUAAAGAUAUAUAACUCGAUCGUAUCCACUUUAUAGGUGUAUAUCCAAGACCCACAACCCACACAUUCAACGGCUUCAAAAAAUAACGAAAAAACAAACCAAAUACUUUUCUAUAUAAUCCCCCCACAUCAAUCAAAAUUAUCAUACGAAAAAAAAGAAUGCCUCGAUAUUUAAUCGAUAUUUACACGCUAUCUAUAUCUAUGUAUAUCUCUCGAUUACUUUACCAUGUAUACACUGAGCGAAAUGCUAAAAUGGAAAUGCUUUAACACUGUUAUGUUUGGCCUACUUAUAUAAACGUUUACUUAGCAUAAAUUCGACUCCUCUAGACUCUAGAGCUAGGAAGCCCCUAUACGCACUACACCUCCUAACUAAAGCCUGUUAAGCACCUUAUCGUAUGAUAUUAUCAAAUCGAAAAUCAAAUUCUAAUUAAGUUCAUGAACCACUCUCCAAAAAGACUUAACUUGGCUAAGAAAUCAAAUUGUUUCCGAUAAUCUCCGAACCUUUGCUCCCUCACUCGAAACUCUGUGCUCAACGAUCCAGUUUUCCAAUUUUCCAAUUUUCCAAUCUCGCACAUGAAACCAAUAGAACACUGCCCCUGACCUCCGACCUCCCAGGUACACUGCCCCGAAAUACACUCCUCUUUCCACUCAAAUCUCUCCCCAAAAACUAACUUUAAGUAGACUCAUUCUCCAGCUCAAAAAAAAAGAAAGAAUUACUUAAGGCAGCUUAAUGAAAGAGUUCCCACAACCUUAGCUAAAGAAUAACUUAAAAAAUACAAAAAAAUGCAACAAGAAAAAUUGAAAUUGAAUUUCAGAAAAAAAAUAAUUACAAAAAAAAAAAAUACUUAAU